AACCAGGUGGUAACAUAUGUAAUAGCAAAAUUGAAAUAAACGUAUCAUAAGUAUACAAGCGCGGAUCAACGUGAAUUCUUCCCUGGUCAAUACAUACUACCAAUCGGAAGACUUGGGAUAAGUGUAACUCUUGCGUUGGUUCCUUUCUUUCCUAGCAGAUGGUUACUAUCGGUGAUUAGUCAUCUCGGGCCGUCGAUAUUCCUGCGACACGUUACUAAUCAAAGGCAUCAAAGGCAGCGCCUCUUCAAGAAGUUGGGACAUCGAUUGACACACGCGUCAAGAUUUAUAAAAACUCAUAACUUCCAUAACUUCUCAUAACAAAGAACGUAAAAAAUUGACUGUAAAUUUCUCUUGAAAUGACCCAUAUGAUAUUAGUCAUGAGAAACUUCAAACUUCAGAAAUGCCUUUUGUUUUUAGCCUUUCCGUUUCGCUGUCUUUAUUGAAACUGAUAAGCGACUUGUUUUCGAAACCGGCUCCAGGAUGCAUGUAGUUUGGUUUACAAUCGCAGAUGAUAGCACAGUUUGACAGACGGUUAGUUAAGUUAGUUGAUUCGAAAGCAGCUUAAAAAUGGUGCAUCCAGGAAGAGUCGUCAUUCUGCUAUUAUUAGGCUUAAAUCACUUUGUUUUAAUGGCAAGUACGAAUAAGAAAUACUUCAUUCCAAGUAUACGUGCCAACUGGUUCAAAGCGAACGAAUUCUGCAACUCCCUGCAAACGCGGCUCACCGUUAUCAAGUCGAAGGAGGAAAACGAAGCCAUCGCCAGCUACGUCAAAACGACGGACAAAUAUUCGGACGAGUGUAGCUUUUGGAUUGGCGGAACGGAUCUGGCCGACGAGGGUGUUUUCAUUUGGACCGCCACGGGCGAACGGGUUUCCUACUCGAAUUGGGGCCCAAGCGAGCCGAAUAAUCAUAACGGCAACGAACAUUGUAUGCAGCUGGCUUACAUACCGGCCGAAGGCUAUCACUGGACCUGGAAUGACAACGUUUGCAACGGGCAGUCGCUUUAUUUUGUUUGUGAAAAUGUUGAGUUCAAUUGUGUUACUAAUUUUUAAUGCUUUCUUAGUAAUAUUUACUCAGAGUAGCGUAAAUAUGAAAUGAGUUGAAAA